GGAUCAUUUAGAUUUCUCAAGUGAAAGUCCAUGUUUACGACUGUCAACGAACGGAAGUUGUUGUACACCGUCGGACUUUUUUUUGUGAAACACUGGCGGUAUUUUCGAUUCUUCACUGAACCUGCUGCCUGUUUGCUCCAGCCAGCCCAGUAACAGUGAGGUCGGAUAUGGAGGGUUGCUGAGCCCUGCUCUCUACCAGGGUCCGUCAGCCAGUCCAGCCAGACAGGACUCCGGUCAGGAGACGCAUAGUUAGGACGACAGGAUGAGCUCCACGGCCCCCCCGGCCAAGAGGAAAUGUUACAUGGGACGACAUCAGAUCAUCAAGAAAAACAGUGUCCCCGACCCUGAGCAGCCACUCACCCCAAGACGCUCCAGUCGCCUGCAAAACACUCAUACACACACGCUGCUUGACAACACACACACGGCCCGGAAUGUGGCUGCAGGACAGGUGUGUGUGGUAGGAGACUCCUCCUUAGACCCUGGAGAGGAGAUGCUGCAGGUUCUGGAAGCUCUGGAUCCUGGAGAGAUGAAAUUAACACAUGGGGUAGAGAUGGGGGUAUCUUUAAUCCAGAGAGGGGUAUCCCACGCCUCUGCAGCUCCAGCCAAGACCUCCCACAGCCUGACACCAGGACCAGAGGUCGGGGCUAGGGUUGGACUGGGACCAGGUGUGUGUGAGCAUCCAGGGCUGGUUCAGACAGUGGACUGUAAGGACCUGGCUCAGUGCCUGCUGUUCAGUGAAGACUCAGAGGACAGAGAGCAUGCUGGGACGCUUCCACACAGACCUACAGACGCCACACCCCCUCAGAAGAACUGCAGCUCCAGAGGUAGGAAGCGCAGGGCCAGGGGGAGGAGCUCUGAGACCACACCCACAGGAAGAGGAAAUGGUUCCUGCCAGAAUGCUGACUCCCCAUUGGAUGUGUCUGAUGACUUCAUCCUGUUCAGACCCUCCCACCUGGCACGGGCGAGGGAGAGCGCGGCGCUACAGCGGUCUCUGAGGAACAACAUGUCAGCCUCUGUUCUCACGCCCCCUACUGGGCUGGAGGCCAGCACACUCAACACUACAGGUGCAGGUCUAUCAGCGGUGUUUAUGCGUCCAGACGAGCAGUGUGACAGGUUGUUGUUGUCCAGCUGGGGGCUGCCUGCUGCGGUCCUUGAACGCUACCGUCGUCAUGGUGUCUCCUCCAUGUUCCCCUGGCAGGCUCAGUGUCUCAGUCUGGGACGCGUGCUGCAAGGACACAACCUGGUCUACUCAGCCCCAACCAGUGCAGGGAAGACCCUGGUGGCAGAGCUGUUAAUGCUGAAGAGAGUCCUGGAGACCAGGAGGAAAGCUCUGUUUAUUCUGCCCUUCGUAUCCCUGGCCAAGGAGAAGAUGACCUACCUACAGAGUGUGUUCUCCGAGGCGGGGGUGUGUGUGGAGGGCUACAUGGGAGGCCGGGCUGCUCCAGGAGGUUUCAGUAGUCUGGACGUAGCAGUGUGUACUAUAGAGAAGGCCAACUCCCUCCUCAACAGACUCAUAGAGGAGGAUUCCAUGGACCUACUGGGUGUGGUGGUUGUGGAUGAGCUUCACAUGGUAGGAGACUCUGGUAGAGGAUACCUGCUGGAACUACUGCUCACCAAGAUACGAUACAUCGCCCUCAAACACAACACCAACAACAGCUCCUUAUCAGAAGGUAUCCAAAUCGUGGGUAUGAGUGCCACCCUCCCAAACCUGUCCCUGCUGGCUGGGUGGCUGGAUGCGGAGCUUUACCAGACUGACUACAGACCCGUCCCGCUGAAGCAGAGGCUCAAGGUGGGGAACAGCAUCUACGACUCCAGCCUCUCUCUGGUCCGAACCUUCGAGCCCCUGAUCACGGUCAAGGGAGAUGAGGACCACAUAUUGUCUCUAUGUUAUGAGACAGUGAGUGAGGGUCACUCUGUCCUCCUGUUCUGUCCUUCCAAGAGCUGGUGCGAGAAACUGUCUGACAGUAUUGCUAGAGCGUUCUACAACCUCAGACACACAGGUGGUCAGGUGGUCAGUGGCUCAGCGCUCCAGGCUGUGGCAUUGGACCAGGGGGGAGUGGUGGAUGUGUUAGCCCAGCUCAGACGCACCCCGGCUGGGUUAGACCCAGUCCUGCAACGCACCGUGCCCUGGGGGGUGGCCUUCCACCACGCUGGUUUGACGUUUGAUGAGCGAGACGUGUUGGAGGGAGCAUUCCGAGGGGGCGUGGUCAGAGUGUUGGCGGCGACCUCAACCUUGUCAUCGGGGGUCAACCUGCCUGCACGUAGGGUUAUCAUACGAACUCCAACCUUUAAUGGCCGUCUGCUCGAUCCCCUGACCUACAGACAGAUGGCCGGACGCGCCGGGAGGAUGGGCGUCGACACUGAGGGGGAGAGUGUGUUGGUGUGUAAGGAGGCGGAGCGUCAAAAGGGUGUGUGUCUUCUCCAGGGCUCUCUGCAGCCAAUCAGCAGCUGCCUGGUGAAGAGGGAGGGGGAGGGCCUAACCACCAGCAUGCUCCGAGCCAUCCUGGAGAUCAUUGUUGGGGGCGUGGCCAGCUCUCCCCAGGAUGUGAGGCUUUAUGCUUCCUGUACGCUGCUGGCUGCUGGUGCCCGCUAUGACACCACAGGAGGGGAGACGGGAGGAGGAGUGCGGGAGGGAGCGAUAGAGGCAUGCGUGGAAUGGUUGAUUGAGAAUGAGUUGAUAUCUAUCCAAAGAGAGGGUAAUGAGAGGGGGAGAGGGGGAGAGUGGGAUGAGAGAGAGGGGGCAGGAGGACAAGAGAGGUACUGCCCCACCCACCUGGGUUCUGCCACCCUCUCCUCCUCUCUCUCGCCUCCCGAGGCACUGAGCAUCUUCUCAGAUCUACAGAGAGCCAUGAAGAGCUUCGUAUUGGACAACGACCUACACACACUCUACCAGAUAACUCCUGUGUUUGCUGAGUGGACCACAAUAGACUGGUACCAGUUCUGGUGUCUGUGGGAGGGGCUUGGCUCAUCCAAUAAGAGAGUAGCAGAGCUGGUGGGUGUUCAGGAGAGCUUCUUGGCUCGGUCUGUUAGCGGGAAACUGAUCGUCAAGACGGACAGACAGAGACGACAGAUGGCCAUACACAAACGGUUCUUCACUACUCUGGUCCUUCAGGACCUUGUCAAUGAGGUUCCUCUGGGUACCGUGGCAACCAAGUACAACUGUAGCCGCGGACAGCUACAGUCUCUACAGCAGUCUGCCUCCACGUAUGCAGGCAUGGUAACGGUGUUCUGCCGGCGGCUGGGAUGGCACAGCUUGGAGUUACUCCUGUCCCAGUACCAGACCAGGCUGAGCUUUGGGGUCCAGAGGGAACUGGUCGACCUGGUCAGGGUCUCACUGCUGAGCGCAACAAGGGCACGAACACUCUACGACCAGGGCCUCGCUACGGUGGCCCAGCUGGCCAGGGCAAAGGUCACUGAGGUGGAAAAGGCCCUACGCAAGGCUGUCCCCUUUAAGAGUUCUCGUCGUGCGAUGGAUGAGACCGAGGGGGAGGCAGCCGAGAGGCGGAGCUUACGGUGUGUCUGGGUCAGUGGGGGGCGUGCUCUAACAGAAUACGAGGCAGCCAUUGAAAUCGUGUCUGAGGCCAGGCUCCUCCUCCAGCAAGACCUCGCCCUAUUGGGGGUGACCUGGGACCCAGGGACACUGCCCACGGAAACACGCCCUAACAACGACCAUGACAAUGACUCACCUGAGACACAGCGGGACCGGGCCAAAUCCUGGAGAGAUCAAGAGAGGAGGUUAAAUGAGAAGAAAGAGAUGGAAGAUGGAGGGAGAAACGUGGUUGAACAGAAAGAGGUAGAGGGGAGAGAGAAGAACAAGGGAGAGAGGACAGGGGAGGAGCAGAGAGGGAGAGAGAAGAACGAGAACCCCCACCUCCCGAGUGGAGGAACCUCUGACCAGUGUUUCUGGGGGGACAGUAAAGAGGGACGGACUGGGCGUGGCAGGGAGAUCUCCUGCACAGUCAAACGCCGGAGGGUGGAAGAGCAGGAUAGGUGUGGGUCUCCUGAACUCUACGAGGAGGAGGAGGAGGAGGAGGGAAGGUUUGGGGAUAUCAACAGUAUCCAUGGCAACCCCCAUACCUAUGGUUUCCAUGACGACGCUGCGCCGAGAUACAACUUCUCUCUGACUGACAGCCAGAUGGAACAGAUCCUCGACAACCAGAUCUUGGCAGGCGAUAAUGAUGACGAUGAUGAACCCUUCCCACCCCCUAGCGCACACCGCUCCUCAGUGACCAAUGAGAACAGUCUAAACGGCAGUAGCAGCUUCCUAUUCGACAGCCUGUACGACAGCUCUUUGUUGGCUGGGCUUAGCCACGACUCUCACCAAUCAGAGGAAGAGAAGGAGGGACCUGUUGUCAUGGAGACCAGUCUCCUGUCCAACCAGCAGCGGCAACGCAGCGGGCUCAUAGCCAAUCAGGAGGCAGAGGAACAGGAGGCCGUCCAAUGGGGCGAGUCGUCCUUCAACCUAUCAGAGUGGGGCGACUCUCUGCUGGUUGGAGAGCACUUCCUGGAGAGGCGGAGCCUGCUGAGACACACGGAGGGACUGCAACACGAACAAGACUGCGGUCAGACCGACAGACCCCAACCUGACCAUGGGGAAACAGAGCAACAAGGACCUCAACCCAACCACAGCAAUGAACCAGACAGACAGACUGACACAGAACACUGGUGGAGAAGAGGUGGAACCUUCCUGGUCAGAGAGACGGGGAGAGAAGAGGAGAGAGGGGAUGAGAAAUGUAGUGGGAGAGGAAAGGGGAGAAAAGGAGGAGAUGGAGGGGUUGAGAAGGAGAGAGAUGUGAGAGGUGUUGCAGUGUGUGAGAGCAGGCUGUUUAAAAGACCUGCAUCACAGAGAGAUGGAGGGAGAGAGCGAGAGGAGGAGAGAGAGAAGAGGAGAGAGUCUGAACCCUCCCUCCUCUGCAGCCCUGGACUCCAGGACAUCUUUGAUCGUUGGCCUAGUAUGUCUGACCAGCCCUCCCAACACCCUCUGCUGCCACCUGCUCACACACUCACACACACUGCUGUUGACAACCAAGACUCAGAGGACAGUUUGACUGGUCUGACUGAUCUAACAGCACUGGUACGUGCUGAGGAGGACAGAGAGACAAAGGACAGUUUGACUGGUCUAACAGCACUGGUACGUACUGAGGAGGACAGAGAGACAGGAGAGACCAGUGUGAGAUGGGGGGAGACGAGGCAACCCCUGAGGGAGAAAGAGGGGGAGAGACGAGGGGAGACAGGAGAGAACAACGUGAGAUGGGGGGAGACAGGGGGACAACUGGGAGAGAGAGAAGAGGGGAGAUCAGGUGGGGCUCAUGGGGACCUCAUCCCCCCAACUCAAGAAACUGUUAAACUGACCAUCUCCUCUGUCCAAUCACCUCACAUUAUGAGGACUAUCAACCAAUCACCUUACACCACUAGGACUAUCCACCAUUCACCUCUCACCACCAGACCUCUCAACCAACCAACUCAUAUUUCCCAUCCUCUCAACCAAUCAACCCCCACCCCUCGACCUAUCCACCAAUCAGCUCACUCCUCCCGCCUCCCUGAUCAACCAGCAGUCUCUGUUGGUCCCCAGUUCCUGAAACCAGAUCCCAAAACAGACACACACUCUCACUCAGCCCCCAAAACAGACCCUAAACCUCCCUGUCACCCCAAAACAGACCCUAAACCUCCCUGUCACCCCAAAACAGACCCUAACCCUCCCCGUCACCCCAAAACAGACCCUAAACCUCCCACCAAAACAGAUACCAAACCUCCCCCCAAAACAGACACUAAACCUCCCCCUCAACCCAAAACGUUGCUAGACUCUCCUCCUGUCCUCUCCUCCCCCUCAUCUCUGACUGACGAGGGCUUCACCCUCCAGCUCUCCCAGGAUGCAUCUCUCUCUCCCAGCAGCCCUAGCGGUGGGCUGGCCAUCAUAGACGUGGCGAGCGACAGAACACUGUUCUACACCUUUAUAGAGGAGUGGAGGAGGAAGGAGAGGUAUUCCCUCGUUCCUGUCUGUCAAACGAAAGAACACGGAGGAGACGGAGGGAUUGGAGGGAGGCAGAUCAGAGGUCUUCCCCGGUGUUCCUCAGGAAGUGUGGUGUUAACAGGACUGGCUGUCUGCUGGGGAGGAACAGACUGUUACUACAUAUCACUACUACAGCAGCAGAGUACCGAGAUGUGCUCCAGUCUGGCCCCGCCCCCGCUGGCUGCUGAUUUGCCAGUUGGAGAGAGGGUGGAGCAGAUGAGAGCCUGUCUGAGUAAGUCAUUGGCUGACGGGGCAGGGGGUGUGAUCAUGACUUAUGACAUCAUCCAGGUAUACAAGACACUGGUGCUGAGCUAUGGUAUCUCCUUGGAAGGACCCUGUGAAGACAUGAAGGUGGCGUCUUGGCUGUUGGACCCGGGUAGUGAGGAGAGAACUCUAACCAACAUGGUCACCUGCUACUGUCCCUCAGAACUACUGCUGCUGGAUGGACACACACACUCCCCUCGCCUACGAGCAGCCAUAGACAGCGUGCUAAUACACAGCACCAUGGGUCACCUCACUACCCUGCUGGAGAAAGAUGGACUGAUAGAUGUGUUCCGCAGUGUGGAGAUGCGUUCCCAGGUGUGCCUGGCGCUGCUAGAGCUGAAUGGGAUUGGCUUCAGCUGGGAGGAAUGUGACAGGCAGAAACACGUGAUGCAGGCCAAGCUGUCAGCUCUGGAGACACAGGCCUACAGCCUUGCUGGACACAACUUCUCUCUGACUAGCACCGAGGAUGUGGCACAGGUGUUGUUCCGUGAGCUGCGCCUGCCUCCCAACUGUGAUUUGAGCGGGGGGAGGGGUAAGAAGACCCUGGGGUACAGCAGGAGAGGAACAGGACGCGCCGGGUUGGGGAAACCGUUCAGUACCACCAAGGACAUCCUGGAGAAGCUCAGUUCCCUCCACCCGUUGCCGGGGGUGAUUCUGGAGUGGAGGAGGAUCACCAACGCCUUGACAACGGUGGUGUUUCCCCUGCAGAGAGAGAAACGACAUCACCCCCUGCUGGUUAUGGAUAGAAUACAUCCUGUCUCCCAGACACACACUGCUACAGGCAGAGUGAGCUUCACAGAGCCAAACAUCCAGAACGUUCCGAAGGACUUUGAGAUCCAGAUGGCCUCUGUGGUGGAGGAGAGCCCGCCCUCACAAGAUGGCCGCCGGACUGGUCGGGGCCGUUCCAGGCUGAUCAGACCUCCUCCUCCUGAAGGGGCCGUGGCCUUCUCCGUCAGCAUGAGACACGCCUUUGUACCUUUCACAGGAGGGAUGGUAUUAGCAGCAGAUUAUUCCCAGUUGGAGCUCAGAGUGUUGGCUCACCUCUCUAAGGACAAACGUCUGCUACAGGUGUUGAAUGGAGGAGCUGAUGUGUUCCGCUGUAUCGCUGCUGAGUGGAAGAACAUUGACCUGGAGACUGUAGACGACACCCUGAGACAACAGGCUAAACAGAUAUGUUAUGGUAUAAUCUAUGGGAUGGGAGCCAAAUCUCUGGGAGAGCAGAUGGGGAUCGAGGAGGACGAUGCAGGUGCUUAUAUCGAGAGCUUCAAGGACCGAUACACAGGUGUCCAUAGGUUCCUGAAGGAGACAGUGUGUAGCUGUGUGAAGAAGGGUUUUGUCCAGACUCUACUGGGGAGGAGGAGAUACCUACCUAACAUCAACAGCAACGGCUACACCAGGAAACAGGCGGAGCGUCAGGCUGUUAACACGACAGUCCAGGGGUCAGCCGCUGACAUCGUUAAACUGGCUACCGUCAACAUCCAGCAAUGUCUUAGAGACACCUACCCUGCUGCUCCUCUCUCACACCAACACACAGAGAGCCGUGGUAGUGGCAGGGCUGUUAACCGUCAUCGUGGGGCGUUUUUCAUCCUGCAGCUUCAUGAUGAACUCAUCUAUGAGACCGCAGAGGAGGACAUCAUACAGGUGGCUCAAAUAGUGAAGAGAGAGAUGGAGAGUGCUGUGAAGCUCUAUGUUAAGCUGAAAGCCAAGGUCAAGGUGGGACCCAGCUGGGGGAACCUGCAGGACCUGGACAUCUGAACAACGUCCCAAUGAUCUCCCCUUCCUCCCAAAGGGCCUGAACAAUGUCCCAAUGAUCUCCCCUUCCUCCCAAAGGGCCUGAACAACGUCCCAAUGAUCUCCCCUUCCUCCCAAAGGGCCUGAA